AGUACCAUGAGUACGGCAGUAGCACAAAGGCAUGUCGGCUAUGGCGUAUGCAUUAUAAUUAUGGCUUCAAAAUGCAGAACAAUUGACCCUCAUUCGUGAGCUACAUUCUGAUGGUGUAACUAGUGGGUAUGGUCGCUAUUUUGUAGAGUUCAGCAGCUGAAGAGUGUUGCAUAAUUGCUGUACACACAGCCGUAAACAGUCAGUGCUCGAAAGAGGCCGGGGUGGUGAGGAAAGUGUGAUCAGUCGAGCCGUGCGUGAAAAGUCCGCGAUCGGAGGCAGCCCGAUGAGCAACUACUUUGACCUAGCCCCCAAAAACCAUUUCAAGCAUUUGCACCUGCACACCGCAGACCUGUGUGUGCAAGCAGAGUACGAGUGAGAAGUGCGUGAUAUUGUCAAUCAGCCGGCUUCGCUAGCUGGCACCGACCAACAUGCGAAUCAAACUAACACCAAGCGACGACGACGACGUUGGUGUUGUUGCAGAGCAGAGCUGGCUGACGGGCUCGGAGCGACAACAGCGAGUGAAUACACAGCAGGGACCGCCGUGGCCGUGCGCAUCCUGCAAGAAGAAACCGGCCGUCAAGCCGCGACUGACUCGCUGUUUGCACGUCGUGUGCUACGAAUGCCUGGAGUUGCAUGUGCGAGGCGGCGACGGGGCAUUGAUCUGUCCGGAAUGCGGGGCAGUGGGCACUGCAGAGGAUGCCAGGAAAGGUUUCCAACCGCCCGAGUCACUGCCUCGAAUUCCGCAGGUUACACCCGCGGAGAACACCGGCGGGUCAGCGAAACUCGCGCGACCUGGUGCUGAUGGCAGAGAGUAUACUGCGUAUGAUGGUAGCGAUUUGGGCGGUAGAUCUACUGCCUGGACUGGAGCAGGCAUGGUUGAUGAAGACAGUGGCACUGGCAGCAGCAGGGCGGGCACUGAAGUACACCAUAGUAGCAACGAGGACGUGGCUGGAGAUAGCGAAUGCUCACUGUGCGAUGAGCCGACGGGAACAGCACACUGGUACUGCACAGACUGCUCACCUGCCGUCUACCUGUGCCGGGCACACCGCAAUAGCCACGCACAGGCCGGCAGACGCACGGCAGGACACACGGUCACCCCGAUCCACCGCGCUACUGGCGACCUCGUCACGGUAACGCUAUAUCCGGGCAGUGCUGAUCUGGAGGUCCACUCGGAGCUGGGUGCCGAGCAGCUGCAGGCGUACGCGACGGAGGAUGCCGUGUCGGAGGCCGAGGAGCGGAACUGCACGCUGCACCGCACCCGUGCGCUGAGCAGCGUGUGUCUGACGUGCAACGUGCUGCUGUGCGAGCUGUGUAACGCCACCAGCGAUCACGCACGCCACGACCACUCCGUGCUCAGUCUGGCCCAGGCUGCCGAGGCACGGCGACGUGGCAUGACGUCAUCCAUCUUCAGGACAGUGUCAUCGGAUGAUAGCAUGGCGUUAUUGGAUGGCAGUAUGGCAUCAUCCUCAUCAUCGUCACGAGGUGCUGGAGACUCGAUCAUGAACACUGGCAACGGGCGCCUGUCAACCGAACGACGUGGCCUGUGCGUGCCAGACACGGAGGAGAUCCUGACGCGCUUGCUAGUUCAGAAUUGCACUGAAACGGAACAAGUCAAGGAGAACGUGUCCGCGGUACGGCAACAAACGUCCCAGUUCUACCAGCGCCUCCUGGAGGCCGUGCAGCGACGUCAGCGGCAGACCGAGGACACCGUCGAGGACUUCAUGCGUGCCGAGCUGUCCAAGCUGGAGGGGCAACGGCAGGAGAUCGUGUACGGGGUAGCGGCAGCACGACGAGUGGCGUCAAUUGCUGAUGCAAUGGUGUCGGCGGCGGCACAUGAUGCCGAUUUCCUGACCGCCUCGCCGUGGUUAAAGCAGGCCGUGGAAGCAGGACACGGGAAAGUGCGAGCGCUGGAAAAGCGAGGGGUGCGACCGCGCACCCUGGGCUUCGUGAGCGAUCACGACAUCACCCAGCAUGUGCUGACCAGCGGCAUACUUGCAGCAGUGCGCGUGGACAAACGAGCCGCACAUGAUCCCAUGUCCUCCGCUUCUGCUACUGGCAACUUCCCGACGCCCAGUCCAAGAAGCGGCCAACGCGGUGGCUCUGGUAGUGUGCACAGGAAAGCCGCCCCGCAACCGGCGGAACUGCUCGCAGCGGAGUGUACUGUGUCACCAAGCAACAGCAGCAACAGCAGUGGUGGUGGCGAUGGCAGCAGCAUCGGUGAAGAAGGCAGUGACUUCAGGCGAGUGUCGUGUUCGCUCAGCACCGGAGACAGGGACGUGCAGAUCACCCUCAGUUUGAGCAUGCGCUCAGACAUCGACACACUCUUGGAAGGCAGUAUUGCUCCCCUGGACCCCAACGCCAUAUCAUUGGACGUUGUGGAGCUGAGCGGCCGAACGACGCGACUAAGUGCAGCACAGCUUUCACCCGUACGCCUGCAAUCAAGCGCCCCGCCGCCGAGACAGUCUAAGUUUGACUUUCGUGCUGAGUACACCGCAGGAGGUGCUGCCGCGUUCGCGGAGACCAAGGCAACCGGUGCAUCGCCUGGCAACAACCCAUGUAGCUUUGCAAAGCUCGCAGAAUCUUCAGCUGACACCACUCGUGGCUCCACAGCGGCCAAAGGGUCUGCGAAUGGGAAAGGUCUCGACACAGCCACUGGUAAAGCGCAGCCAUUGUCUAUACCCCUUAUGUCCCAGGCUGACCGCGUAUCCACGACCUUAAGCCCCGCAAAGCAUUCGGUUAGCACGACGUUUCCAUCACCUUCAACUCGCCCUUCCAUUGCGACUGUCACGAGCGCCUCUCCAGGCAGACGCGACGUUUGCCUGACCCCGAUCGGACGCGGGGCAACUGCAGUGACCAAGACAACGCCUGCCACAAGUCCAGCUGUAGCGAAAACCACACCAACCUCAGCAACAGCAGCAGCAGCAGCAGCAGCAAUACCAGCAGCAACAGCAACAGCAGCAGCAACAGAAAUAACAGCAGCAGCAGCAGCAGCAGCAGCAGCAAAAGCAGCAGCCACAGUAGCAACAAAAGCUGCAGCAAAACCAGCAGCAAAAGCAGCAGCACCAGCAGCAACAGCAAAAGCAGCACCAGCAAAAGCAAAAAGAGCAGCUGUAGCAUCAGCAGCACCAGCAGCAGCUCAUUCAGCAUCACGGGCACCGCCUGUAACUACAUUGGCUGCAUCUGCAUUCACUACCGCCGGUUCAGCUACCAGCAGCAGAACGGUUACCAAGACGACCACUCCACUGCAGGCGACCAGUUCGCACGUCACCAUGGCAACAACAGCAAAAUCAACAGCGCCCGUAGCUGUCGCAAACCCUGGUACACUGCUGACGAUGGCAGCCAAACCAUCACCAUCAACCUCUGCUCUCGAGAGCAAUGCAUCAAGCAGUAUUGGCGGACUGAAACCUCCAGGGCUCGGCGGAGACAAGCAGAAAGAGACGAAACAAAAGGUACUGCAGAAGGCCGGUGUGCGCUCAGGGAAAAAGUCACCAGCAGCAGCAACAUCAGCCGUAGCACUAGGCAACUCGCCCUGCCUGCGGCAAUUACACAUCCACUACUGGGACACUCAGCCGACCCACUGUGCCGUCACCUCCGACAACAUGACAUCAUCGACUGGGGACGGCAGACGCAAUGACUUGCUGUUCGUUGCGCUGGACGCGGUGCGCAUUACCUUCACCCCGCCGCGCAUUGGCGUCUUCGACAUCCGUGUCCAGUACAAUGGCAGCGCGAUCGCCAGGUGUGGCCAAGCUAAAAUCCUGGCCUAUCGUGUCCCGGCGUUCCGGUUUGAACCUAUGCUGUCGCAGGCGUUGCUCCCUGACAGUGCAGGCUGGGAGAGCAUGAACAAUGGGACUACGGCGGUCGGUCAUGUCGACCCGCCAGACCUAGCUAACGUUUUCUGUGGUAUGGUCGGCUACGCGGACAAGUCCACGUGGGCGUUGCGGCUUCACUGGCCUUCGCGCGGCGCAGCCCGUGAGUCUGCUGCUGCUGCGUUGGGUGUUGGGUGCGUGGAGGCAGGCAUAGUGCGGGCCUCAUUGCUCCCUGGCAAUGUACUACAGACACAGAUGUCAGACAGGCCGCAGAAAACCAAGGAGUUUCUCUUCACCAUCGACCAGCCGGUGGCCGAUGGUUGUUUCGGCUACGAUGGGGAGGACAUGGGCCGUGAUCAUAGUGUCGGCCCGGGCGGUGGCAGCCGUGGGAGUUCAAUUUUUGCCAUUGCCAGGACCGGCAUCCAUGGUCGGCUCCCUGUAUUGAAAUGGGCAAUGGAGGCACCGCCGCUGUUCCAACCAGCCUCCACACCAUCAAGCAAGGGAGCGACACCAACAGCAGCAACAACGUCAGUGGCAGCAGCGGUAAAGGCAGCAGCAGCAACACCAGCAACCCCACCAGAAGCAACCCCAGCAUCCAGUCCAGGAGUGCAGUCCAGCUCACUGACAGCAUCGGCAAUGUCGCCAACACCAGUGCCUCGCUCCAUGCCUUUCGGCCAGCCGUCCGAAUUUCAACCUCACCUGUCAUCGCCGUUGUCCUCACCACCAUCAUCCAAAGGUUUGCAACACACGCCUACAGCAUCCGCAUCAGCAUCACGGCUGAAAGCGACACCUUCAAGUUUGUCCCCGGUGUCGUGCUAUAGAGGAUCAGCUGGGAUAAUUUCGCCUGCAAGUUUUUCCCCAGUAUCCAGCGGCAGAGCUUCAGGGAUAGCUUCACCUGAACACAGUUCUCCCGUAUCCAGUGACAAACCUUCAAAGUGGAAAGCUUCACCCGCCGGCAGUUCCCCAGUAUGGUGGUUAAAGGAAACAGCGGCAGCGGGGAUGGCGUCACCUACAUCGCCUAUCACACUGUCCGGUGUGUCGACUGCAUCACCAGUGCUGAAGUCACCACCGCGCCCACUGUCGCCGAGUGGAACCGCUUCGAUUCCACCCUCCUCGCCAGGUACUAACGCAUCAUCAGCGCUGUCAUCCCCAUCACCGCCACCGCCAACACUGUCGUCGAGUGGGACCGCUUCAAUUCCGCCCUCCUCGACAGGUCCUAACGCAGCAAGCAGCCCGUCACGGACCGGAGAGGUCACGUCGCCAGUAUGUGGCUUGCUGAUAUUCACAGUGGAUUGCAAGCGCUCACUGCUAACGGUGUACGAUGAGGCAAGUGCAGAUGAGCAUAGCAUACAACUGCCGUCCGACCUCGGGUGGUGGAGACCAGCGGUGAGACUACCCAACGGUGUUGCGGCUAGCAUUGUCGGUUGAUACGUUGAUAGUCUCUACCCAACAGUGUUGCGGCUAGCAUUGUCGGUUGAUACGCUGAUAGCCUCUACCCAACAGUGUUGCGGCUAGCAUUGUCGGUUGAUACGCUGAUAGUCUCUACCCAACGGUGUUGCGGCUAGCAUUGUCGGUUGAUACGCUGAUAGUCGCAGUGCAUGGCCGGCAUACACGUCUUGCGCAUCCCCAUGCGGGUAUAUACAAUGGCGUGACUGUCAUCCAUUGCGGGUUGAUACCAUGGCAACUGUCAUCCAGUGCGGGUUGAUACCGUGGCAACUGUCAUCCACUGCGGGUUGAUGCCAUGGCAACUGUCAUCCAUUGCGGGUUGAUGCCAUGGCAACUGUCAUCCAUUGCGGGUUGAUACCAUGGCAACUGUCAUCCAUUGCGGGUUGAUACCAUGGCAACUGUCAUCCAUUGCGGGUUGAUACCAUGGCAACUGUCAUCCAUUGCGGGUUGAUACCAUGGCAACUGUCAUCCAUUGCGGGUUGAUACCAUGGCAACUGUCAUCCAUUGCGGGUUGAUACCAUGGCAACUGUCAUCCAUUGCGGGUUGAUACCAUGGCAACUGUCAUCCAUUGCGGGUUGAUACCAUGGCAACUGUCAUCCAUUGCGGGUUGAUGCACACCCUACGAGUAGUAUCCUAAUAGCAUCCCCAGCACAGCCUCGUGCUAGUCAACAACGGCAACUGUCAUCCAUUGUCGCCUGAUACGCAGCCAGCAGGCUGCACUGCACACAGUGUGUAUCCUCAAUUUGAGUCGACGACUUAUAAUUAUUGUGGACUGUGUGAUGCCGCACAUCUUGAUAGUAUCUUUACUUGUGACCUUCUGCUUUGUAUGCAAGACUAGGGUGCAGUGGUAUUAGACCUGUGAGUGGUAUUAGACCUGUGAGUAGUGUUAGACCUGUGAGUAGUAUGAGACCUGUGAGUGGUAUAAGACCUGUGAGUGGUAUUUGACCUGGUUAUUUCCUGUAGUUCAAUCAUGUAGAGUGCCAGGUGUCCCCUUGCCUUGUAGCUUCCUCUUAUACAUAAAGACAGCCUUCAUUAUGUGCAUGUGGAUACGAGUUGAGAGAAAUUUUCCUUUCUACAUUUAUUAUUGGCUCAACAUCCGAGUUUAAAAUU